CAGAGAAGAAGAAGGAGCGAAAGGCCAACUUUACCCAGAAUGAAAUAUUACGACUGCUCGAGCUGGUGGAAAAGGACUUCAGAACGAUAGAUUCGAAAUUCACGGAUCAAGUGACAAACGUGAGGAAGGGGGAAUGCUGGAAAGCAAUAGCAAAGAAAGUGAAGCCGAUUUCUCCCCCUGACGUAACUCGCACUGUGGAUCAGCUGAAAAAAAAGUGGGAUGACAUGAAAACACGGGCGAAGAAGAAUGCGAAUAAAGAAAGGGCUGAAGAUGGAAAAACGGGCAAUGUGAGAGCAGAUGAUAAUAGCCAGAUGACGCGCGGAUAUAGACAGAAGGGUGAUUGGUCUUAUUGGAGCAACUAGAACCUAUGGCAUAGUGGGAGGGUUCGACACUGCUGACCCCGGCCUGGCUGUCCCCAUGCCCAAGGCGAAACGACAAAAGAAUUCAUGUGAGGUAGCCACGUUGUCCAUUCCUGUAGUGGAACCCGAGACAACCACACUGUCUGUGCCUGUACUGGAAUCCGACGCAGAUGACCAGGAUGAACUGUCUUUGUGGUCUGGUGACCUUUUCUCGACAAACCCAGAUGACGAGAUCCUCCCCGUUGCAUCUGUACUACAAAGUAAAGCCAGCCGUCUACCGAGCACAGCAACCAAUACACGGCCGCCCAGCCAACCAGCUACCAGCCGAACGCGCAGCCCGGUAACCACCCGAACGUCUAGCGCAGCAACCACCCGACCGUCAAGCCCAGCACCUUCAUCGGUCAGCAUUGAGCUCCUGGCAGUGGAAAAGGAGAAGCUGGAAAUCGACAAGCGUCGACUUCAAGUAGAACAGAAAACUCUGUCGGUGCUUGAGCAGUCGCUUGAGAUUAAACGUGAAGAGGUAAAUCAGCAGAAGCAACGUUCAACGGGUGCAUUUGAGUCUUCUGAUGAUGAGAGGCUGCAGAGUGCCAAGAACAUUUUCGAACAAAUUAUGAGAAAUUAAGUGUCAGUCCAUGAUACCACCAUGCAGAGGGUGGCAAGGUGGGGGUCAACCGUUUUUAACGAGAUUAGGUAUGCAAGAUCCUUCCACUAAGACAUCAUUACACAGCAAUUGAUGACUCUCAAAAAUCACUAGCAACCGAGUUAGGGGCAGGCCUAGUUAGGGGGCUUGUUUUAGCUUUUUUCCCCCUAUUUUUUGUGUAUUUUUGGGUCAAUGUUGGGCACUCCUGCAGAGACUAAAAAAAAUAGCUGGAUUUUCCCCCUUUGUAUGAUGGAAGUAUUUGAUGAGAUCUUCCAUUCUGCAACAGGUCAUUGAGUAACACUUCAUACUUUGGUCGUGCUAGGCCUAGUAAUUAUGCAUACCUAGGGGCAGUGCUUAGGAAGAGCUCUCUAUCGACGCUCAUAUCUCCAACACUGCAGGUCUUUGAAUGCUGUGGCUUGCACAUGAUAAAGGUAAUGAUACCUACUUUCAAAAUCAGAAAUAAAAUUUCCGGCCGCUUUUACUGUUUUCCCAGGAUAAACCAAGGAAAAAGUGCUAUUUUCCACCAAAAUGACACUCAUUGGCUAGUGCUGCCACCUUGUGUACACUUGAUGAAUUAUAAAAUAAAUGCAUAAUGAACACAUAAUUUAUGCUUGGUGCUGGCCAUGAGGAUUAGUAGUUACUGUCAACCACCAUGAUCACCCCCCCCCCAUGCCUAGGCCUACUAACCUAU